CCCCCUCGGGGAGCCUAUAAGUUGCCCGCGACGCCGGGGGGCGCCCGCUCCUCCGCGCCGGCCUGGUCUCGGCCGCCCUCCCGCCGCUCCGCCGCGCGCACUUGGCCCGUCGCCUCCCGACCGCAAUCGUCGGCCCCGGGCGGACCGGGGUCCCCGCGCUCUCGCGAGAAGUGCGCCGCUGCAGGGCAGUGGGGGCGCCGGGGCCGGCGCCGGCCCUCGAGAGGCCGAAGAUGGGGUGCUGCGCCGGGAAGCCGCAGCUGCUGCUGCUGCUGCUGCUGCUGGCGCUCGUCUUGCAGCUCUGGAGUCCCUGCGUGGGUGCAGACCCGGAGAGGCCUUCCAGCAUCCCCACAGAUAAAUUAUUAGUCAUAACUGUAGCAACAAAAGAAAGUGAUGGAUUCCAUCGAUUUAUGCAGUCAGCCAAAUACUUCAAUUAUACUGUGAAGGUCCUUGGUCAAGGAGAAGAGUGGAGAGGUGGUGCUGGAAUUAAUAGUAUUGGAGGGGGCCAAAAAGUGAGAUUAAUGAAAGAAGUCAUGGAACAUUAUGCUAAUCAAGAGGAUUUGGUUGUUUUGUUUACUGAAUGCUUUGAUGUCAUAUUUGCUGGUGGUCCAGAAGAAGUUCUGAAAAAGUUCCAAAAGUCAAACCAUAAAGUGGUCUUUGCAGCCGAUGGAAUUCUGUGGCCAGACAAAAGACUAGCAGACAAGUAUCCCGUUGUGCACUUUGGGAAACGCUACCUGAAUUCGGGAGGAUUUAUUGGCUAUGCUCCAUAUAUCAACCGUAUAGUCCAGCAGUGGAAUCUCCAGGAUAAUGAUGAUGAUCAGCUCUUUUACACUAAAAUUUACAUUGAUCCACUGAAGAGGGAGGCUAUUAACAUCACAUUGGAUCACAAAUGCAAAAUUUUCCAGACUUUAAAUGGAGCUGUAGAUGAAGUUGUUUUAAAAUUUGAAAAUGGCAAAGCCAGAGCUAAGAAUGUAUUUUAUGAAACAUUACCAGUGGCACUUAAUGGAAAUGGACCCACCAAGAUUCUCCUGAAUUAUUUUGGAAACUAUGUACCUAAUGCAUGGACACAGGAUAAUGGCUGCACUCUUUGUGACUUGGAUACAAUUGACUUGUCUACAGUAGAUGUCCAUCCAAAUGUAACAAUAAGCGUUUUUAUUGAACAACCAACCCCUUUCCUACCUCGAUUUCUGGACAUAUUGUUGACACUGGAUUACCCAAAAGAAGCACUUAAACUCUUUAUUCAUAAUAAAGAAGUUUAUCAUGAAAAGGACAUCAAGGUAUUUUUUGAUAAAGCUAAACAUGAAAUCAGUACUAUAAAAAUAGUAGGACCAGAAGAAAACCUAAGUCAAGCUGAAGCCAGAAACAUGGGAAUGGAUUUUUGCCGUCAGGAUGAAAGCUGUGAUUAUUAUUUCAGUAUCGAUGCAGAUGUUGUUUUGACAAAUCCAAGGACCUUAAAAAUUUUGAUUGAACAAAACAGAAAGAUCAUUGCCCCUCUUGUAACUCGUCAUGGAAAACUGUGGUCCAACUUCUGGGGAGCUUUGAGUCCUGAUGGAUACUAUGCUCGAUCGGAAGAUUAUGUAGAUAUUGUUCAAGGGAAUAGAAUAGGGAUAUGGAAUGUCCCAUACAUGGCUAACGUGUACUUAAUUAAGGGAAAGACGCUCCGAUCAGAGAUGAAUGAAAGGAACUAUUUUGUUCGUGAUAAAUUGGAUCCUGAUAUGGCUCUGUGCCGAAAUGCUAGAGAAAUGGGUGUGUUUAUGUACAUUUCUAAUAGACAUGAAUUUGGAAGACUUUUAUCAACUGCUAAUUACAAUACUUCACAUUAUAACAAUGACCUCUGGCAGAUUUUUGAAAAUCCUGUGGACUGGAAAGAAAAAUAUAUAAACCGGGAUUAUUCAAAGAUUUUCACUGAAAAUAUAGUUGAACAGCCUUGUCCCGAUGUCUUUUGGUUUCCCAUCUUUUCUGAAAAAGCCUGUGAUGAAUUGGUGGAAGAAAUGGAGCAUUAUGGCCAGUGGUCUGGGGGGAAACAUCAUGAUAGCCGUAUAUCUGGUGGUUAUGAAAAUGUCCCAACUGAUGAUAUCCACAUGAAGCAAAUUGAUCUGGAGAAUGUAUGGCUUCAUUUUAUCCGGGAGUUUAUUGCACCCGUUACACUGAAGGUCUUUGCAGGUUAUUAUACGAAGGGGUUUGCACUAUUGAAUUUUGUAGUAAAAUACUCCCCUGAAAGGCAACGCUCUCUUCGCCCUCAUCAUGACGCUUCUACAUUUACCAUCAACAUUGCACUCAAUAACGUGGGAGAAGAUUUUCAAGGAGGCGGAUGCAAAUUUCUGAGGUACAACUGCUCUAUUGAAUCACCCAGAAAAGGCUGGAGCUUCAUGCAUCCAGGGAGACUCACACAUUUGCAUGAAGGACUUCCUGUUAAAAAUGGAACGAGAUACAUUGCAGUGUCAUUUAUAGACCCCUAAGUUAUUUACUUUUCAUAGAAAUGAAUUUUUCUUUUGGAAUGGAUGAACAUGUCUUUGGAGUUGUGCUUGAGAAGAUGAAAGGAAUAUUUAAAUAACUUCAACAGAACAACUUCACUUUGGGCCAAACGUUUGAAAAACUUUUUGUAAAAAAUUGUUUGAUAUUUCAUAAUGUCUGCUCUGAGCCUUAAAACACAGAUUGAAGAAGAAAAGAAAAAAAGUAAAAGCAAAUAUUUAUUUCUAUGCCUUUUGUCUCUGAGAAUAUUGGCAACUUUCUGAUUUCGUGUUUCAUUUGAUCAGAUACUCAGCUACAAAUGUACAAGUGACAAGUGAGACUAAUAAUAUUUUAUUAUUAAGAAAGCUCGGGAAGAAUGUUAUUUAUCAACAUGUAGACAAAAUGAAUAUAAAUGAAUAUUGACAAUUUUUGAAUCAUUGGAAAACUGGAGUCAUAACUGAAUUUGUAUACAACUAAUUGUGUAAGUACUUUUUUGAUGACCUAUGCAGGUACCUUUUCUAGUGGUUACUGAAGGAAUACAGAGAACAAUAAAUAUCACACAAUGUUUUUCCUCAAGACACUUAGUAUAAAACACAAAUGAGGUACAGAGCCAGUUGAAAACAUUUCUGUUUAUAUUGUUGAACAGAGUUUUUUUUGGUUACAUUUAUAUUACAAAUCCAGCCCUCUAUUCCUUCAGAUGAAUUUUCCAAGGUGGAUUAUAUUGAGUCGGUAUUAGAUUUAGGAAAGCUUUCAAAGCUUUCCGUUAUUGAAAGUAUAUCAGGUAUCAACCUAAGAUCAGCAAGUGUCUUUAAGUCAAAACAGACUUUUGAUUUUAAUUCUAGAAAAUAAUGAGGAAAAGAAAAUUUCAUGAGAUUAGUAGUAGCAUUUUAUGAUUUAAAAAAAAAAAACUUUGUU